AUGCCGAGCAGAUCCGGACGCGGCCGUUGGCUCGCAGAGCUGAGCGUGCGCAGUGGCCGGCGGGAGUUCCGGGCUCAGAUUGAUUGCAAUGUCUCACUGCAUUCGUCUGUUAUCCAUUGCUGCUAAGUUCAGUUUGCUGGUUUUUCUGCUUUCUGCAGUGUUUUUGUGUUCAAGCUUAAGUGACAGAAAUCCAGAGUUUGCCCUUACAAAAACAGAAGAGAGUGAUUUAAAAGAAGAGAAGGGGAAAGAGUCAGUAACUGAGGAUGAUGCUGAUGCUGAAGACUUAGAAGUGUUUUAUCCAACAAAUCGGUGGCAAACAGUCCAUCCAGGUCAGGCUAUUCCUGCAGGGUUACAUGUGCGAUUAAAUCUUCAGACAGGAGAAAAAGAAGCCAAACUUCCAGAUAACACAAAUGAAAAAAGUGACAUGAAAGACCAGAAAAAAAGGAAAAGGCUGGACAAGGUGGAUAUUGACUCAAAUUCAUUUACAUCGCAGGAACUCAAGGAGGCUUUGGCUAAAUUGAAGGAAAAUGAAAAGACAAAAAGCACAAUGGAGGUAAAGGCUAAUCUGGAAGAUGUCAGAAAAAGGUUCCGUCCCAUAGAAGAGCUGAAGGCAGAAUUUGAGCAACUCAACAUGAGGAUAGAAACUGAUUACGAAAUUAUGGUUAAAUUAAUCAACAAAUUUAACAGCUCUGAUUCUACGCUGGAUGAAAAAAUAGCAGCACUUUAUGAUCUUGAGUAUUAUGUUCAUCAGGUGGACAAUGCUAAAGACUUUCUUUCCCUGGGUGGACUUCAAUUAAUGAUUGACGGACUAAAUAGUACAGAGGCUGUGAUGAAGGAGCAUGCUGCCUUUGUCUUGGGAGCUGCAUUAUCUAGCAAUCCCAAAGUUCAGAUUGAAGCAAUUGAGGGUGGUGCUUUACAAAAGCUGCUGGUUAUUUUAGCUACAGAACAACCCUUGACUGUGAAGAAGAAGGCUCUCUUUGCUUUGUCUUCGAUGCUGCGACACUUCCCCUAUGCCCAGCAGCAGUUCCUCAAGCUUGGUGGCCUUCAAGUACUUAGAAAUCUCUUCAAAGAAAAAGGCAUGGAGGCGCUCUAUGUGCGAGUUGUGACAUUGCUCUAUGAUCUGAUUAUGGAAAAGAUGUUGCUUGAGGGUGCCCAGAACAAUGAAGACCAAAUGGAAGAGAAAGUCCAGCAGUACAGCCAAGUAAAGCUGGUGCCCGCUGUGGUAGAACAGGACUGGUGUGCCAUUGUUUCCAACCUCCUGGCACUGCCGGAGCAUGACACGAGAGAGAAAGUCCUAAAAACGGUGAGUGUUCUGAUGACCUUCUGCAAGGAUCGAUACCGUGGGGACCAGCGCCUCAACAUCACACUAAGCAUGUUGCGCAGCGAGUAUGAGGAACUGGCGGCUGAAGAACAAAGGGAAGGUGACAAAGAUGGAUAUUUUAAGGAACUUCUUGGCUCUAUAAAUACCAUUAUUCAGGAAUUAAGAUGAAAGCAGCUGUAAUUUCACUGAGAUUUAAGAAGUAAUUCAGGACAACUGCAUGAAUGUUGCUGGUUCAGGCUUAAAUAAACUAUUGAAUAAACUGCUGGUCCAAGCAAAAUCUCUCUCCAAGGCAAGUGAGCCAGUAGUUUCGUUACUAAAAGCACAAGCAUUUGUGGGUAUAUUUUCAGCUCAUUUCUUGGCCCAUGCUAAUUUCUCAGCUAAUGAGUGUGUACAUUUUCAAACAUAUAUUACACCUAGUACUCUGCUUGCUUCUGAAUCAUUUACUGUAAGUGACUGAAAUAUUUUAUCCAGAUAAAGAAAAGCAGCAAUUUUUUGGAGUCCCAAGGACUGAUAAUAUGCUUGCUUAUCAGGCAGCUGUGUAUUUGGAUUUUCUAAAGGAAAAAGACUUCUUCAUAUAACAGUGAUCAGGCUUUCUCCUUUGGAUUUGUACUACUUUCUAAUCUACAGAGGCUCUGGAAACUGCUGGUUGUGUUCUGAUCUUUAAGUUUUCAUCCUGCUUGUGUUUUUUACUUGGAAACCUCAAGAAUAUUGAGUCUUGUUAUACCUAGGUCUGGUUAGAGAAUGUGUAAAACCAAGAUUGGGAGGUUUUUUUUCAGCCCUUAUUUGAAAGAACAUAGAAUCUUUAGCAAAAAGAGCCCUUCUCACAAAUGUUUGCUAGACACUUGAAUUAAAUACAUGUUUAAAAACCAAAACCUCAAGCGUUCUAAAUAGCUCUGAUUAGAAAUCAUUUCUCCUGCCAACCAAUCAGGUUAUACUUGCUUCACAACUAUAAUAUGAACUUUUUUCUUCUCUAGUUGUUCAAAACUCUGCUUAGAGUAGACAGGACCUGAAUUUCUAAUGGUUUUUUAAUGGGGAAAAAAAACAAUCUAGGGAGGGGCUUAGAGUUCUUUUACACAUCAAGGGAAAUAAAAUUUAAAAGCCACUGUUUUUUUUCUCCCUUCUCCAGUUUACUUUUAAAUAUUUUUGUGCCUUCUGAUCUUAUGAGAAUACUGCCUGUAGCUGGGGGUGGAAGGAAAUAUUUUUCUCCAAUAUUUCAAUUUUUUUUCUAUUCCAGACAAGGAGGAAAAGAAACAUGAAACAUUUUAAAUUUCCCAUAAAGCAGCGUUUCAAAAAAAAAAAAAAAUCAUGUCAGCCUCAUUGAAACCUUACCUGUCACUCAGGCAAAAGCCUGCUAUUACAGCAUUGACCGCACCUUCACUUUUUAAAACUUUGCUUAUAAAAAACAGUGACUUGAGUUAAAGUUUUGCCCUUGAAACAAUCCCAUACCAAAAAUAUUGAAGUGGGCUGAAUAAACAGUGCCUCAGCAAAGUGGUGCCAAAAAUCAAACACAGGUUUCAAAAUAUUCCUAUCAUGACAAAAAGAGCAUUUGUCACCAGAAGAGCAUUUCAAUGAAGUACUUGCAACCAGCUCUACUGGGAGCUGCUGUGAAUCCCUCUGACUGUCAGCUUCAGCUACUUCAACCUUGGCCAGUGCUACCAGUUGUACUGUGUGGGGCUUUUACAGUGCAGAGAAAUAUCCAUUACAGGCUGGACUGAGGCUACCAAUUCCUUUUCCCCUAUUAUCGUAGCAGACUUGAACCCAGGUCCCAUUAACCUGCAGUACCACCUGGCCCUUCCUCUGCUCCUUUUUCUGGUUAUAAUUGCUAUGUACAGAAAACCCUGAGCUGGUAUCUUUUUAUUUUUUAACAGAAAGUGAGACUUGGAGUACUAUGUGGCUGGAGCAGGCACAGUUAGGCGACUGCCCCAAAGGGACCUUCGCCAGCACAGCAGGGCACUGUGAGGAUGGGGAGCUGCUUUGGUGCCUGUGCCAUGUGGGCACGGGAUAACUUUGCCAUUUUAGUGCCAAGUUAUUAUCUUUGGUUGUUUGGCUUUCCCUGCCCAGAGUGGAUGUCACCAGAAUGACUGGAUGGUUGCUCUGUAAUCCUGGUGGCUCCUGCAGGGUUUCCCAUCAGGAGUCCCUAAUGAUGAUAGAAUAAUAAAUAGUUGUAUUUAUA